GUCAACCCCGCGACGCGCAAAGGUGAGCUUCGACCCGAAGCCGAACCGAUCGAGAGGCCCAGCCGCCGCAACCGGAGGAGAGAGAGAGGCGGAUACACAAACACGAAACCCUAGCAAGCAAGCCCUCCACGCACAGUCAAGAAGGGAGGGGGAGGCGAUGGAGUACCCGGCGACGGCCGCCGGAUCGGGGAGCCACAAGUACUACUACCCGCAGCAGCACUCGCACUCACAGCCGCAGGCGCUUCGCCGCCCGCCGCGCCCCGCCGCUCGGUGGGUCAAGCAAUGGAUCCCGCAGGAUCUCGCGUCCUCCGGCGGCAAAUGCUCGCUCUUCAAGUGGGUCAGAGAGGAUGGGUACAGAAACUCCAAGGACAACCCCAGAGUGUUAGAUGUAGAAGCCCCCAAGCCUGAACCCACCACGGAGAUCCUCUUCCUCUGCAGCUACGAGAACUGCGGCAAGACCUUUGUUGAUGUCAGCGCGCUCCGCAAGCAUGCUAGCGUGCACAACGAGAAGCAGUAUAUAUGCAACGAGCCCAACUGUGGGAAGAAAUUUGUUGAUAGCUCCAAGUUGAAGAGGCAUUAUCUUACCCACACAGGACAAAAGGAUUUUGUCUGUCCACAUCCAGGCUGUGGUAAGGCCUUCUCAUUGGAUUUUAACCUACGGUCACACCUAAAAACACAUGCAUUGGAGAAUUAUCACAUAUGCCCUUUCCCAGCAUGUGGCAAAAGAUUUACAAGUGACUUCAAACUAGGAGCACAUGUCAAGUCACAUGAAAAGACUGGAACUCCUAUUGCAGUGCAGCAUGCGCCAGCGCCACCAGCAGAAAAACCGCGUGUCGCCCCAAAGCCUCCGACUCCAGCAACCACAAGCUAUGCUGAUCGGCCAUAUGUCUGCCCCUAUGAAGGUUGUGACAAAGCAUACAUUCACAGUUACAAAUUGAACCUUCAUCUAAAAACUCAGCACCCUGAACACGGUCAAGAGGAAAACGGUAAGGUCGGUGCUUCUGGUGGGCAGCAUGCUGCGAACGAACACACUUACCAGUAUAACUAUGCCGAGGUUGGCGAGAUUGCACCAAACCCCAAAAGGAGCAAGACGAAUCAUGGGCACAAGGUCCACUCAUCCAAAGCCUACAAUGCCAAGGUUUCGAGAGCAAUGCCUUCUGACAUUGGCGUCAGGAACCAGUGGCCAGGUAAAGCUACGUACCAAGAUGAUAGUGAAGAGACGGAAGAAGAUGGAGGCAACAACAUUGAAGAUGGCUGGAGAUAUGGCAACAAUGAUGACGAUGAGGAAACACCAGAUGAAGAUUGACCUUUAUUUAGGUUUGGAUAUGUAGAUAUAUGAGGGUGAUCUGUUGUCCUUUAGUUUCAAUGCAGUCAUGGGGAAGUUCAAGCUUUAACCUUAGGUAGUAGUUCAUUCAGAUGGUGCAUGGAUAUAUUGUACUCAGUUACCUGCUCCUAAAUGCUUUCACUCCCCUAUCUUCCAGAGCCACAUGUAUUUUAGAUAGUUUGGAUAUGUUUGCCUUGGAAUAAAUUUUCAUUUG